UUACAAUGAAAAUCGUUAUAAUCAUAGUUUCUUUUUUAGCUUUUGGGUACGUAGAAGCGGCUGAACAACCAAAAUCUUUGGUAGAAAUUCUGAAACCCAAAAACGAUGUUGUUGCAACAAAUACUAGAUCUCAAAAUAAAAUAGAGCCAUUUGAGUGGUUGGAAUAUAUUACAGAACAUAAUGAACAACUUGUAAUUAUUAUAGACAAAGCGAUUAAUGCUUUGAGAAAGCCUCAAUUAGAAAACGAAUUUGUCAAAUUUGCAAUCAAUUUCUUAAAAGAAAUGAGAGCAAACCUAGUUCCAGGUUCAUCUUUUUAUGAUUUUGGAGUAGCAUCUCAUAGAAUGUUUACUGGACUUCUCGACGGAAUUAAAAAGCGACUAAUACACGCUAUUGAUGAAAUUAUUAAUGCUUUAAAAGAAAAGUAUCCAGGAAAUGUAUAUGCUUCAUAUAUUAUUCAAUACCUAGAGGCAUGGAAAGCGUAUUUAGUUGGAAAUUCAACUGCUUAUGACUUUGAAAUAGAAUCUCGUAGAACGUUUACUGGACUGCUUGAUGGAAUUAAAAAGUUAAUAAUAAACGCUAUAGACAAAACUGUUGCUGCUUUAAAAGAAAAGUACCCAGGAAAUUUAUAUGUUUUAUAUAUUAUUCAAUACCUAGACACAUGGAAAGCAUAUUUAGUUGGGAAUUCAACUUUUAUGAUUUCGAAACCUCAGACGUACGUGAACAGGCGUCAAAUUAGCGCUUAAAGAUAAAGAACUUCCAUAUUUAAUAGAUAAUUCAUGAAUUUUAAACACUUGGAUACUAGGCAAAUUCGUGCAAAUUAGCAUGAAAAUUCACACUAAGGAAGGACAGACUGCUUUCUUUACUAUACAUCAAGCUUACACUAUAUCUA